GGUCAAGUGGGCUUCGCACUGAAAGUUUGAUGUGACUCCUUGGGACUGUCAGCUGUUGCCUUUGAUGUUGAUUUUUCAAGAUUUUCUAAGACUUCAAGACCCAAAUCCCAAAGUCUGCUCGCCCAGCAACCCCUUCUUCUGACCCUUUAUUCUCGGUCAACAGCACCUCGUGGCUUUUCUUGAGGGCCAGUCAGCGUGAGAGACCCGCCCCUUUAAGCGGCAGAUCGGCAGCUGUCAAGCUCCGCCUCUGCAAAGUAACCAGCUCGUGGCUUGACUUGCACCAAAUGUGGCGCAAGGAAGCCCCGUUCCACUUCAUGAUGUCGGUCGAGGCAGGGUUGACAUCUGGAGCUCAGCGGUUCGAAACGGUUGGUAUUUUUGCAUGAGUACUUGUCGACUUUUAUUCCCUGAUCCUGCGAAGAGAUAGUUACUGAGGCUUGGGAGAGUUAUAGUGCUGGUGAUCCCUUCAGAAUACCAUUAGUGUUUGCUGAUAUCAUCAAUGGCCAGUUUUGAGCCUGAUGUUUCCGGCCAGCAUCUCACGCUGUUGGCUGGAGUUGUCGCCGAAGAAGGAGAGCUAUUGUUGCGCCCACUAUUGUCGCCAUGCUAUUGUUGACAAAAGUGACUUCAAGUGAAAGCUCAGGCUGGCGAUACUGCCCCGCCUUCUACUACAAGACUAGCGCCUCUCGGUUAACUAUCUUCUUAUCGCCUAGCGCUAUUUUCACGUGAUUUAUCGCCCACAGAUCCAGAGAAAAAUGGCAUUGAAUGCGGGGCAACAAGAUUCUGCCGCCUCAGGGUUUGACAAGGCGAAAGCAGCAGAGGGCCAGGAAUCGACAAAGAAAGUGCUCCCACCAGUCCGAACCCUCCCGCCGGGCCCCCUACCGCCCUACGAGUCUCUGGAUGCGAUUUCUCCGCCAGCAAUACCAGAAGAUUUUCACGAUAUCGGUCGGUCCAAGCCCCUCUCUGACCUCCAUUCCGACCGUACCCCGUCCGAUUUGAGCGACUACUCGGACCACAACACUACCAAGUACACCGACUCGGUCGUCAAAGGCGCCGCACUUUUUCUCGAAUUUUACAGCUUAUCCUACACCCCCCACGCCGACAACACCGCGAGAAUGGCUUCCCCUCAGCUAAUUUUUGUCGAUGGCACUUUCGCCGAGCUGGCCCAGGAGAUGGCCGACUACAUCCAGGCCAACUCGGCCAAGACUGAACAUGCCGUCCAGGUUGGCGACGAGGUCAGACCUCUGUUGGAGAAGGAGAAGAACGAGGAUGCUCUCGAGGCUAUCGUCAAGGCCUCCGGCGUGUUGAAUACGGUUCCCGAAAAGGAGUUCACUGGUGCCAUCAACCUCCUUAUCCACCUUGUCCUCCAGUCCAACGAGCCCAAGAGACAUCUUCCUGCUGUCUGCAGCAACCUUCUCAAGCCCAUCACAUCCUCGCCAAGCCACGGCUUCACCCUUGCCGCGAGCGCCCUCAGCACCAUCUUCAACCUCCUGGACAAGACGAACCCCGUCCGGUACAAUGUUUUCUUGCAGAUUAUCCGCUUCAUUCGCCAACACGGCCAGUACGAGCUUCUCAAGCCCCGGUUAAGGAACUUGGAGGCGUGGUUUGCCGAUUGGGAGACCAACGCGGAGGAUCAGCGCAAGCUCUAUAUCGAUGUGGCUGAUGCCGCUGCUGAGGCUGGCGAUGAUGAGGAGUCAUACUACUACAUUUUGAAGGCCCUCUCCACCUUUGAGCGCGAGGAAGCCGAGGGUGAGGAGGCCCAGAAGUAUUCUCUCAAGGCUCUCAAGAUGGCCAUUUCUUCCCCCACCCGGUUCGACUUCCAGGAUCUCCGUGCCCUCCCAAGCGUUCAGGCGCUUAGCGACUCUCAGCCCAUCUACUCUCAGCUUCUCGACAUCUUCACUGAGCAAGAUCUUGAGGACUACAACGACUUCAGAGAGGAGCACGAGGGUUGGAUCGAGAAGGAGAAGCUUGACCACGAGAAGCUGCAGCGCAAGAUGCGCCUGCUUACUUUCGCCAGUCUCGCCGCCAGCACGCCCAACCGCGAGAUCCCCUACGCCAACAUCGCUAAGGCUCUCCAGAUCCCCUCCGAGGACGUUGAGAUGUGGACAAUCGAUGUUGUCCGCGCCAAGCUUGUCGAGGGCAGACUGUCUCAGAAGCAAAAGGUUUUCCUUGUCCACAGAACCACCUACCGUGUUUUCGGUGAGAAGCAGUGGCGCGAGUUGGGCACGAGAAUUGACCAAUUCAAGCUGGUUGUUGACCGUCUCACCAGCACUGUGCGCAGGGCCCAGGCUGAGGUUGAGCAGGCGAGGAAGGCCGAGGAGGAGCAGCUUGCUAAGAAGCUCGCUGGCGCUGGUAUCAGCAGUGGUUACCCGGGCGACCGUCGCCGCCAGCCAAGGCAGCGGACGGAUGAUGAUGAUUGAACGCGUGCACAGUUUUCGGGACAUUUCGGGAUAUGAGGUGGCAUCAGGGACAUGGCAUAUGAUCUCUCUUUGGGGCGACCUAGAGUAAUUAACUUGGUUUGGCCCUUUCUGGCGUUGAGAACCAAAAUGGCUGGGCGGGGUUUAUAUCUAGACUCCUUUUUAAACGGGUUGCUUUUAUUACAUCCACGCGAGUAGAUAUCCAGGGUCCCAUAAAAUUCAUCACUUUGGGUGCAAAACAACGGGUUGGGCUGGGAUUAGAGGGCGUGCUGAGUGACAUGGACAUAGCGAUUCCUGCGUUGUGGCGUUGCAUAUUUAAACAAUCCUAGUUCAGAGUGGAUUCCUCUCAUGUGAAGAGUGAUCGGUACCUACUCUGAGCAUCGUGUGCCACUGCAGCUGCGGUCAAUAUGUUCCUGUAGAGGACAUAAUCUCUUCUACGUCUCUAC